AUGGCCGAUGAUUAUGGCGAGCCGACGAAUUGUCUAAUCACUGGUGGUUGCGGGUUUAUCGGAUCAAAUUUCAUCAAUUUUAUUCACGAGAAAUGGAGUAAAACAAAAUUCGUGAACUAUGAUAAAUUGACGUUUGGAGCUUCCACAGAACAUAUUGAGCCUCGAGUCAUCGAUGGAGGACGCUACACUUUCAUUCACGCAGAUCUUCUCGAUCAAACAACUCUCAACAAAGCUCUUGAAGAAAAUCAUAUUGAUACCGUUAUUCAUUUUGCUGCAAUCACACACGUUGAUGACUCCUAUGCAGACAGAAUAGGGACAAUUCAGGAAAACAUCAUUUCAACAACGACUCUUUUGGAAUCAAUCGUCAACAGCAGCUAUAAAGGAGUGAAAAGACUUGUGCACAUUUCAACAGAUGAGAUCUACGGUGAUUCACAAGAAUCAGACACGACUCCAAAAUCAGAGACUACUCUUCCAAAUCCCACCAAUCCGUAUGCAGCCAGUAAAGCCGCUUGUGAGCUCAUCAUUGGGGCAUAUUAUCGUUCCUACAAGCUCCCUUACGUGAUGGUUCGUAUGAACAACGUUUACGGACCUCGUCAAGCAUACAGCAAAUUGAUACCCAAAUUCACAAAGCUAGCUCUCGAAGAGAAGCCAUAUCCAUUGAUGGGUGAUGGGAAACAUUGCAGACGAGUCACUCAACAGGGAACAGUUGGAGAGGUUUACAACAUUGGCACCGAAUUCGAGAUGACGAAUAUCGAUUUGACAAGAAAAAUCCACGCUAUCGUCAACAAGUUACAAGAGCGCGAUCAAAACGAUCCAAAAUUCACGCCAAUCCCGGAUCGACCCUAUCACGAUCGGCGAUAUUUCAUCGAUUUUGGUAAAAUCAAGCGGGCAUUUGGUUGGGAGUGUACAACUCCAUUCGACGAGGGUCUCAUGGAAACGAUUCAAUACUACGUGAAGCAACACUACAAAGAACGAGCCACCAGAACCCAAGCU